ACAACGAAAAGUCAUAAGAAGUUCUUGUUCGCCUCUAAAAAGUUGUUUACCUUACUUCAUCUACGGUGUAAAGCGAGAAACAGAAUGUCUCUGAUGGAGCACGGUGGUGGCGCCCACAACAGGCCGGUGACGGCAGUGGCCUGGGCCUCCAACAGCAGCACCUGUCCCAAAGACUUCAACCUGAUUAGUAUAACUGAGGAUGGAGCUGCUGCAAACUUCACACGGAGCUUCGCCAUGAAGGCUGGCUACUACCUCUGCUACAGCAAGGACAUGUCAGGUGGUAUGGUAGUAUCAGAUGUCCAGGUGAUCUCAGACAAGGAGACUGUUCCUCAUGGGUACUGUUACAUACCUGAACACCUGGAGCCUAGGGCCUCCGUGUCUAAGAAGAAGCGUGUGUGUGUCCGCAUGGUGCCAGUGGGCGGUGUGGAAACUGCUGUACUGGAUAUCAAACUGACUGCUAAGACCAGGAGGAUGCUGCAACACUACACCUGCUUAGGGGACAUGCAUGGCUAUGUGAUGUGGUGUAAGAAGGGGCCCUUCUCCAGCCCUCUACCCCAGGCAAAGCCUCGCAGCCUCAGCCUUGACCUCCGGCAGCUCUCCCUGGACCAGAACCCCCCUCCGCUACCCCUCAGACCCAGCAACGCUCCACCCAUGCCCCCUGGCAGGAAGCUCAGUCAUCGCCGCAGCAACCUCCAAUUGCACGACACUGUGGACAAAGUGGUUGACAGCAGCAACAUCUACGGCAUCUCAGCCAUAGAUGGUGUUCCCUUCACUCUACACCCCAAGUUCAAGACCCAAACGAACGGCACGACCCCAACAAACACUCUGAACAACAUUCGCAUCAAGUCUGUCCAGGACAUUGAAAAUGAGUACAACUACACUUUCACCGUGGAGGAAAACGCAGCCAAGAGAACCACACCUCUCACCACAGGAAGCACAUCUUAAGCUCAAUGACCUUUCAUCUCCGACCUCAACAACGGCGGCCUGCUCGACCCACAACACUACGGAGGUCAAUGUGAUAUAUGCCUGGGUCAUGAAAUGAUAAUCAAUGUCCAAGUGCCUAGAAGAUGACUGACUAGAACAGAAGAGUCAUUCUACAUUCCAGAGUUCCUUUGUUGUACCCACAUUCUUAUUCCGUGUUCUAAACUCUUGCACAUUUCAUUCUCACGCCCCGUAUAUGGGGACAGUUUUAUAUGUUAGGGAUGAUUCUUCCCCCGUAUAUGGGGCCAGUUAUAUAUGUCAGGGAUGACUCUUCCCCUCUAUAUGGGGCCAGUUAUAUAUGUCAGGGAUGACUCUUCCCCUGUAUAUGGGGCCAGUUAUAUAUGUCAGGGAUGACUCUUCCCCCGUAUAUGGGGCCAGUUAUAUAUGUCAGGGAUGACUCUUCCCCCGUAUAUGGGGCCAGUUAUAUAUGUGAGGGAUGACUCUUCCCCCGUAUAUGGGGCCAGUUUUAUAUGUUAGGGAUGAUUCUUCCCCCGUAUAUGGGGACAGUUAUAUAUGUUAGGGAUGAUUCUUCCCCCGUAUAUGGGGCCAGUUUUAUAUGUUAGGGAUGAUUCUUCCCCCGUAUAUGGGGCCAGUUAUAUAUGUCAGGGAUGACUCUUCCCCCGUAUAUGGGGCCAGUUAUAUAUGUCAGGGAUGACUCUUCCCCCGUAUAUGGGGCCAGUUAUAUAUGUCAGGGAUGACUCUUCCCCCGUAUAUGGGGCCAGUUAUAUAUGUCAGGGAUGACUCUUCCCCCGUAUAUGGGGCCAGUUAUAUAUGUCAGGGAUGACUCUUCCCCCGUAUAUGGGGCCAGUUAUAUAUGUCAGGGAUGACUCUUCCCCCGUAUAUGGGGCCAGUUAUAUAUGUUAGGGAUGAUUCUUCCCCCGUAUAUGGGGCCAGUUAUAUAUGUUAGGGAUGAUUCUUCCCCCGUAUAUGGGGCCAGUUAUAUAUGUUAGGGAUGAUUCUUCCCCCGUAUAUGGGGCCAGUUAUAUAUGUUAGGGAUGAUUCUUCCCCCGUAUAUGGGGCCAGUUAUAUAUGUUAGGGAUGAUUCUUCCCCCGUAUAUGGGGCCAGUUUUAUAUGUUAGGGAUGAUUCUUCCCCCGUAUAUGGGGCCAGUUAUAUAUGUGAGGGAUGACUCUUCCCCCGUAUAUGGGACCAGUUAUAUAUGUGAGGGAUGACUCUUCCCCCGUAUAUGGGACCAGUUAUAUAUGUCAGGGAUGAUUCUUCCCCCGUAUAUGGGGCCAGUUAUAUAUGUGAGGGAGGACUCUUCCCCCGUAUAUGGGACCAGUUAUAUAUGUCAGGGAUGACUCUUCCCCCGUAUAUGGGGCCAGUUAUAUGUUAGGGAUGACUCUUCCUCCGUAUAUGGGGCCAGUUAUAUAUGUGAGGGAUGACUCUUCCCCCGUAUAUGGGACCAGUUAUAUAUGUCAGGGAUGACUCUUCCCCCGUAUAUGGGGCCAGUUAUAUAUGUGAGGGAUGACUCUUCCCCUCUAUAUGGGGCCAGUUAUAUAUGUCAGGGAUGACUCUUCCCCCGUAUAUGGGGCCAGUUAUAUAUGUCAGGGAUGACUCUUCCCCCGUAUAUGGGGCCAGUUAUAUAUGUUAGGGAUGAUUCUUCCCCCGUAUAUGGGGCCAGUUAUAUAUGUCAGGGAUGAUUCUUCCCCCGUAUAUGGGGCCAGUUAUAUAUGUUAGGGAUGAUUCUUCCCCCGUAUAUGGGGCCAGUUAUAUAUGUGAGGGAUGACUCUUCCCCCGUAUAUGGGGCCAGUUAUAUAUGUUAGGGAUGACUCUCUGACGGGGAAGAGAUCGUUGUUUGGCAGGGCACGCUUGUUUCUCUCGUUAGAAUAAUGGAAGGAACCUGUUGUGGUGUACCUGUUAACGUCAGGCUAUUGAUCUUCAUCUUUAUUGGGAUGUUUAGGGACCAAACUAAAUGUUGUUACACUUUCAAUGUAAAUAAUGUUACUAUUAUGUCUCUGUGGUGAAACAUGGGUCAUUUCAUGGUUUAAAAAAAUAUAAUAAGGAAGUAUGGUUACCGGUCACUGGUUAUAUCUGUAUAUUGUGCCUUGCAUGCAAGUAUAAAGAAAUAAAAUACCAAAUAGUU